UUUAUUGUAAAUUCAAUUACAAUAUGAAUGUCAAAUCCCAUAACACAGUCUGAGGCAUUAGUUCAAAACUUGAAGGAAUUUGCAAUGUUUAUUUAAUUAUUCUUGCCAAUGUGACAGCAAAAACGCAAUUCUUAAUACGGGGUUGACAUUCUAGUAGUUUUUUUAAUAUCUACCACAUACUCCAUACUCCAUGAUUAAUUGGCGUCGGUGGUGUGCGGUUGCUAAUGCUAACUUACCGCUAACCCCGAACUGUGUGGCACAUGUUACAACGUCUCGAAAUAAUCAGUUGUCGUAAGUUAAUGUUACUAGUAGAGUGGUUCCACCAGAAUCCACCUUCCUAAUCAGACAUCAACACUUGUGGUAACCGCAAUUUCUUUGUAAACUCCAUAACUACAUCUUGCAUAGGCUGUUGUAUGACCUUUGCCUACCCAUUUUAAAGAUGUUUUGACGCCAGAUAUAAUACACAAUCAAUCAAUCAAUGGAACUGGCUCAGCCUCGCCUGGACCUGGUCCAGCCUUGCCUGGGAGCGUCGAGAGGACGGUGCUCGCUCUCACCGCAUUAGUGGACAGUACCAGUCACCCGACCGUCGCUCCCAUCAGGACCAGACAGCUCGUACGACUUGUAGGAACUCCCCUGACACAUGAGACCGACCUUAAUAAACUUAAAGUGAAAGCUCACGAGAAUGAUAUUACAGGCUUAAAAAUGUUGUGUUAGGAGUUUUCUGUGGUAUUUCAUUAAACUUCACACUUGUUCUACCUUCACAAUGAGCAAGGAAUGUGUAUGGGAGGCUUUGCGGAAUUCAUCAUCUACUCUGACAUCUAGAAGUUUUUACCACCAGAAAAAUGUGGUUAAACAUGAGAAUAAAAAAGAAAUGGGAAGUGAGCCUUUGAAGCAACGGGAAUUGGAGGAGGCUUCUCAGGCAACAUCAGUUGGACCAUCAGGUAAAUGUGACAUUUCUGCAUGUUGCCCACCUUUGGUUAGUAACAACUUGAGCGAAUCAGAGAUUGAUGUAAAGGAUAUAAAGUUUUGUCAGAAUGAGAAAAAAGUAUCUUGUGAGGCUAAUGAAGGCACUGUUGAGAAGAAACAGGAUAAUUAUUUGCUGGGGAUGUCAGAUGGGAUUGCAGAAAGUGACUAUAGCUUAACUCAGAAAAGUGUCAUGAAGAAGUGUGACGCUUAUGCUAUGGGUAGUGAUUCUGAGAAUAGUGAAAAUUCUAUAGGAACUACUAAUUAUGAAAAGGAAAUGGAGAUUGAAUGUUCAAGUUAUGAAAAUGAAAAAAAUUCUCUCUCAGAACAGGAAAGGACAAGAGAUGUAAACAUUCUUAAAAUUGAAGUUUCUAAUACAUGUCAUAUUGAAGAGAGUGCCAAAACCCUGGAACCAUUCACUGAAAGGAGUAGAAAUUUUAGUGAAGUAAGAGCAGUCCAGAAAUGUUUUGAUAAAAGACCCAUGUUUGUAACUCACACCAGGAAAAUGUUCAAGAGAGGUAUAAAAAAUAAGUAUCUCACUAAGAUGCACAAGAAUACUUCAUCUUUGGCUCCAACCCAGGGUACUGGAAGUGAAACUCAAGUGACAAGUAAAGAAAAAGGCAGCAGUUAUGAAUCUGUGUUUGUUAGAAAUACCUUGACAGAAGGAAUUCCGGACAACAGUACUUUUGACGUUAAAGAUAGUUCAUUUAUAGCAGUCACGAAGGAGGAUACUGAUGUAGAAAAUCAAGUUAAUGAGAAUAAUGAUGGAUCAAGUUCAAUUUUCAUUGGUAAUAAGUUACCUCGAACUAAUGAAGGCAAAUCUUGGAAAUUAGAUAAUCAGUGUUCUAUGGAGAUAAAAUGUGUGUCGAAAAAAACAAGUAGAUACUCUACAGCAGGUCCUUCAGAAAGUUGUGUGAAUUUGUAUAACUUUGAACCUUAUACUGCUACAGCAGGUCCAUCAGAAAGUUGUGUGAAUCUGUAUAACUUUGAACCUUGUUCUGCUGAAGGCCUUUGUUCCAUUUUAAGAGUAGCAAAUGCUCUGAAAGAUGAUACCUUGGUCCCAAUACCCUCAGAAUCUCUUACUUUAGAAAUUAUGUAUGCUGCUGUUAACUGUGGUAUGUUUACUGAUGAACAGAUUUGGAAAUGGGUUAAAAGAAUUCUACAUAGAAAAGUAAGAGAACAUGGUAAGGCUUAUCAGAUGCAGUUAAAGUUGUUAAAAGCACUUUUUGAUUAUUUAACUAAGGUCGAUAAAAGAUAUAGAUGGAAAAGUAUUCUUCAGAAUUCCCGAUAUUGCCUCCCAAAGUGUAAUGAAAUGUGCGUGCUGUUUGAAACAAAAGACUUUAUGAGAGAUGAAGUACUGAACUUUUAUAAAAGCAUUAUUUUUGGGAGAGAUUUGUCAUGUUCCAUAAAUCCUUUAGUUAGUUGUGUUGAUGAUUCCUAUAUGAAUUCUAAAUGUCUUAAGGUUCAGGACAAUGCAUUUAAGUAUGAUGGAUGUAAGCAAAGUAUAUCAAGUGCACCAUGUAAGCCAUUUCAGAAUGUAACUAACAUUACUGAUUUUGUGGACAUUAAUCAGAAGUUUGGUUCCGAUGUUGAACCAGAAGAAAUAGGAACAGAAAGAACUAGCAGAGACAAUGAAUUAGAACUAGGAAUAUCAGUAAUGUACAGUAAGCAGUUAGAUUAUGGACCAUCGACUACAAACAUGUUUGAGAAAAGCGCAAGCGACAAAGCACUAAGUGGUUGUGGUGGUUCCCCUGUAAUAAGAGAAUUAUGUGACAUAUUGAAUAGUGUGUGUAAUCUCAGUAAAUAUGAUUCUUUCAGCAGUAGGAAGAAGGUUGUAGGUAAAAAAAUUUCUACUUUCAGGAAGGACAAGUAUAAAUGUAUUUCUCAAGUUGAAAAGAUUUUAACCACUCUUUGUAAGAUCAUUGGUACUGGCAAAUCUCUUGAAGCAGAUUUUCGUGAGAUGUUGCUAGAUUUGUGUCGUAAUGUUAAGGUGCUUGAGUCAUCAGCUUGCCACAACAAAGCCGAACUUAUUAAGUAUAAAACUGAAAUUAAGACUAAAGUAGUGCAUAUUCAAGAAUUACGUAAAGUUGCAAAAAUAGCCAAUAAGAAAGUGGAGUCAUGUCGCCAUCGUAUCAGGUCUUUGGAAGAAGAAUUAAAAUGUGCAAAAUCUUCCUCUUUGAAAGGUAACCAACAAUUGAUAGAAAGAAUUGCUUAUCUUGAGUCUGAGCUGCAGAAACACAAUAUUCAGAGAAAUCCUAGAGAGACUAAAAGUCUAGGUGAUAAAGUCAACAUUCCAUUUAAUGUGCCUAACAGUAAUGCUAAUUCAAUUGCAAACAAAAAUCCAAAUGGGCUCUCAAGUGCUGAGAUUAGAUCACCAUUAUUCUCAAAAAUAGACCUUCCUUCAAAAUCUGCCGGAAUGACUGCGAGAACACAGAUAACAAACAGAACAGAGGGAGAGUCCCCAGUGCCUAUGGAAUGUAAGGAAAUUUCUGAAGGAUAUAAGUCAUCAGUUUGCUGCAUUGGCCAGAGAACAAAUGCAGUUUCUGCAGAUGCUUGUAAUACUGUAUCUCAGCAACAUCUAUGUGUAUCUUCUAAGAUUCCUGAAAAUAGUCAGGUAGGUAUUCCAGUUCCGUCAAGUAGCCAACACUCUUCGCCAGUGACCCCAGAGGGUGGCUUGACAAUGCAAUUACCCACAGGCCCUCCAUUGGAAUCUCCAGUCUCAAGUGUUCAGUUAUUGUCUGGAGUAGCUCCUGAUCCAGGGGUAUUUCUUCGUACCCAUAAUAUUUCCCAAGUGUCUGAAAUAGGGCAGCCUUUAAUAGUACCAAAAGUUCCUUUGCCAUCAUCUUUAGUCAGAGAAACUUGUGUAUUUUCAUCUGUAUCUCAUGAUAUUUGUGUUUCUUCUCCAGUGAUAGCAAAACCCUUCUCGAAUCCACUAAGUUCUGAAGAGGGUUACAAAGGCUUCCCUGCCAUAUGUACUGUUAGCAAAUCUACCCCAUUUGUUUCAAAUACUUGCAUGACAACAAUAGACAGCCAUGUUAAAACCAUUCCAGAUGCAGCUGAAGUUAUGGGACCUAUUUGUAUUGAUACAGUAUCUUCUUUACAAAAUGAACACCAUGCUGGAAAGAAGAAAGACGAGGAAAGUUUGUUGAAUUGUAUUAGUCAGCAAAAUUUACUUCUCAUGCAAAAUGAAAAUGCAGCAAAGUUACAGGAAUUACUUGUGGAUCAAAUGUCCAAAGAUAUAUUAUUUUAUCAAAGUAAGACACAAGAACAGUGGGUAAAAAUGAAGGAACGUGAAGAUAGAAUUAUAGAAUUAGAAGAAAAAUUGUUACAUGAAGAGUUCAGAGUUUGUAGUUUGGAGCGUAGACUGGAAGAGAUUAAGAAAGAUAAGGACACCAAAAAAAAAUGGAGAAUUAUUACAGCUCCUAAAGAAGGAAGAGAAUUUCGUUGCCAGGGAACCGCAUUCAGUAUCGGCAAAGAGCAGUCAGAACACUUGAAAGAGUUAGAGGAACGCCUAGUUUCGUGUUCAAAGUUAAUAUCUGAUAAGAAUAGAACCAUUCGCACCUUAGAAGCUGAUAUAACUUCUCAUAGUAGCAAAAUCAAAAGUCUUGAAACCGUUAUUACCAAUUUAAUGAACCAGGUGAAGUUGCUUCAGGAACAGAUGUCAGCACCUGCCAUGGAAGAUAAACUACUGGAAAUUCAACAACUGAAGAAGAAGACAGAAAUAUUCCAAAAGGAUAUUGAAAAGAAGAAUAUAUCUCUUCAACAACUUCAACAGGAAGCUUCAUAUUUUGCUCACAUAGUUUUAGCACAGCAGAAAGUAAUUAGAGAUAGUGGUUUAUUAGAGAACACUUCAAUGCCAUCCUUAGACAGAUAUGAUUGUAUUGAAUUUAGCAGUGACAACAGUAACUCUUUAGGGUUGGUGACUUCCAGAGUUACUUCACCUGAUGGCCACAACCAAGAAUUAAUUAUGCUGUUGCAACAAAGGAAAAAUGAAAUGCCUAGGCUUAUUUCUAUCCUUAGAGAACUUGAUAUAAGACUUGGAGAGAGAAUGUCUUCAAAUAAUGUAUUUAGAGAUUAUUUAGAUCUGGAAAUGCUACUUGCAGAUGUAACACUGCUGAUUUUUUCAUGUUUGGAAACUGAUGAAAAACUUGGUAGGUUUUUGCAGCUUGAAAACAUUUUAGAGAGUGAUGAAGCUAGACAUGAGGGCCAGUUUUCUGGUAAUAAGUUGAACAGGAAGAAAAAUAUAGAAAAGGAUAAUGAAACUUGCAGUGGUUUUUUAAAAUGUAAGCAAAGUAAAAAAUCUGGAAAGUCUAGUGUGUAUUUCAUGGAUGUUAAACAGAAGAGUCAUCAUCAACUGAAAUGCAGGAAGAUUGGUGAUAAUGUGGAAGAAACUGAAAUUUUAAUAGAUGUUCAAAAGAAUAAUCACAUUCCGAAUAAGUUCCAGUAUCCUUGCAGCUAUAUAAGUCUUAGUAAUCAAAGUGCAGCUCCUAUCCCUUUUGAAGCUCAGGCACCAUGUGUAACACCAGAAAGAAAUUCUGUACAACCUGGAAUUGUAGAUUGUUAUGAGAAAAACUGUUUAUCCUUCAAGUCUCCAGAUGAGGAGAAGGCUCCUGUACCUAAGCAAUUAUUAAUAGAAAAUGAUUUGUAUUUUGAAAUGGAGAGUGUAGGUAUGAACUUAACGCAAGAGAAAGCAUUGACUCCUAGAGUUGAGGCAAAAACUACUGCUGAGCAAAGAGUAGAACAUAAUCUUUGUGCAUCAGAUGAAUUUGUAAAGUCAAGUUUGUCACAUAGAAAACCUGUAAGUGGAGGACAGUUUGGUGACAGUGCAGACAAAUUAUCAGUUUCAUCAUCACAGGAACUAGCCUGUUUGCCAGAUGAUGCAAAGGCACAUGAAGAAGACUUAUGGUCAGAAUGUGACUCUGGAAAAAUGUGUGUAGAACCCAGUUGUUCAGGAGGUUUAGCAGAGAAAGUGAACCAAAUCUCAUGUGCUCUUGUGAUUAAGAGAUUACUAAAAAAGGGUGUGAAUCAUAAGAAAAGGUCAGAGGAGCAGAAUAUGUACCCACAUAUUUCUUCACAAUCUGUUGAGAAGAUUGAAAACGCUGGAGAAAUUUUCCCUACAAAUAAUCAAGAAAGGAAACUGGUCAGUGUGUACAACCCAGAAGUAAUGAAUGAAUAUUCAGCAUCUUCUAUUGUCCAGAAUGAAAGAUCUGAAAGAGUUAAUGAUUUUCUAAACCAGGCAUAUUAUGAAAAUACAAAGCUAAAAAAACCUAAUAAAAAACUACUAAAGGACAAGGAUAGUUUUCACCGGAGGCAGGAUUGGAGUAGUUGGUUAAUUAGCAAUGAGACACAGAAAAUUGAAGGGAAUGGUGAUGAAAUAGAUCCUAUGGAUAAAAUUCAAAGAAGAAAAGAAAGUACGUCAUUUAAUGUGAGUGCUUCAAGAAAACGAGAAAGGGAGGAAGAACAAGUGUGUCUCUUUGGCAAGAAGAGGAAGAAAAUCACAUGCCAGAGCUCUUUUGUCUCGGGUACAUCAGAAUUAAAAUUUGACAAUGAUUUUGCUACUUCUUCCACCCUAUACACAGGUAAAUGUUUUUCAUUAUUGAAACAAACAAAUAGUAUGAAUUGUGAAAGUUUUUCAAGGGAUUUAGAGAAGGAUGUCAUUAUUAUGAACAACAAAGAACAGCAUAACAAGAGAAAGGUAAAGGAAACUUCAAAGGAGUGUGAAAUAGGUGUGGAAAUAACCAAGAAAGCCAGUUGUGAAACAAAUUAUGCUAAAAUAAAUGAGGAAAGAGUUGAAUCAAAUGAAAGUAGAGGUGACAUUGAAAGUAAAAACAAUGAAGAUAGCCAGUUGAAGGAAAGAAAUAUGGAGGGAGUAAAUUUCAUAAAUAGAGAAUCAGUAAAAAAUGUCUUUGCAUUGGCUGAAUGUUCUAAAGAGAUGGAAGUAAAUGUUGGUAAAAUGGCUGAAUGUUCAAUAUUUGAUAAUGAAAGUUUGUACACUAAGAAUUUGUUAAGGAAUGCUGUUGUGGUCCAAUUGUGGAGAAGGUAUCAGUCCUUAGAAAAAGAUAAUGAAAGCUUCAAAGAACAUGUUCAGUCGAUAGAAGAAGACUAUCAUAAAAAAGUGCUGCUUAUUCAGGAAAGAGAUUUGGCUUUGGUCAAGGCAUUAAAAGAGAGAGAUGAAGCUGUGGGUUGUAAGGAAAAAACUGUUAGUCUUUUAAAAGAUUCAGAGGCAAAAAAUAAGAAAGUUAUUGAAGAGUUCAGGUCUAAGGAAGAGCAUAUUAUCAAGGAGAAAAUGUUAAUUGAGGCAACAUUGAAAUCAAGAAUAGCUGAGAAGGAAAAAUGUAUUGAAGAUUUAAAUUCUCAAAUGAAAAUCAAAAUGGAUGUCGUCAAAGAUCAAGGAAAUUACAUUGUAGAAUUGCUGAGAGAAAAAGCAGAGGUUGAGAAAACUAGGAGAGAAGUCAAGUUAAAAUCGAAACAAGUUAAAGAGAAAUACGUCGAGAAGCUGAUCUUUGAAAAUGCAGAUGCCGGUAAAGUCCUUGAUGUCAAGGCUUUGGGCUCUAUUAAAGUAACAGCAUUAAGUGACAGAAUGAAUAAUUUUACUAUCAACGUCAAUAAAUAUAUAGGUAACCUUAAGAACAUGAAGGCAGCAUUUGAAUCACUUCAACCAAAGCUUGAUUGUUCAACUUCUGAAGUAAAUUUUGAACAAAUGGUAGCAGACACUCUAUCUAUUGAAAAUGGUAUCGAAAGCUUUAUGAAUGAAAUAAUUUACUUAAUUGAGGCUCUUAGAAAACAAGAACCAAAGGAACUGAACAAUAAGUGUGUUGAAGAACCAGAGCCAAGCAUUGCUUUUGGAAUUAUCCCAGAAACAACAAAAUGUUCAAGUUUGAACCUUGAACAAAGGAAGACUUACAACACUUCAGGUCUGAUGAACUGGAAAGAAACAACAGAGCCAAAAUUUGUGGACAAAGAAGUGCAGGGAAUAUUGGAAAUGGCUGCAUACACAAAUGAAUUGGGAGUAGGUCUAGAAUUUCCAACAAAGAAAAAACUAUGUAAAGCUGUUGAUGUUCAUUUAUAUUCAGACACUCCAUUUUUUAAAGAGCAGAAUGAGAAAAUUGAUCAAUAUGAAAGCAUUCUAAAGGAGAAGGAGAAUAUCAUAGAAGAACUUCAAAACAAAGUUGAAGGUUUAAUAUCUGUCCAAAAUGAGUUUUCAAAUUUUGAAAAACUGCUUGAACAGACUUUGGGGAUAUUGCCAGUAGUACCUUCAGAGAAGGAGUAUAGAAAUCUUCAGGAAUGUCAGAGAAGUUUGUCUCAUGUUCCUGAGGUGAGGCCAAAGUAUUCAAAGACACAAGAGGUUGAUGGGUUAAAAGAUACGACAGAAACUCUGCCAAUUGUUAAGGAAGCAACUUCAUUAAAAUUACAAAGUGAUCAUGCUGGCGCUAACAGGGAGAGAAUCUUGAAACUGUUGAUGUCACAAUGCGAAAAAAGUGAGGAGUUGGAAAGAAUAGUGAACAAGAUGCAUCUAGAAAAGGAUGCUCAGCAGAAAAUGCUUGAGUCUCAUGUAGUUGAAAAAACUGAACUUUCAAAAGUUAUUGAAUCUUUGAGUUCUAAGAAUAAAGAGGUUCAAAAUUCUUGUGGAGAACUUGAAACAAAAAACCAGCUUUUAGUAGAAAGUAAAAAGGAUAUUGAUGAAGAAAAUAGGAAACUCAGACAUUCUUUAGAAUCUUGGGUUACUGAAAAAAGUCAUUUACAGGAAUUGAUUGAGUCCUUGAAUUCAGAAAAUAGGGAACUUCACAAUAAAGUAACAGAAAAGGAAGCAGAAAUCAUGACGAAGAAUGACCAAGUUACCAAAAUAGAGGACAUAUUGAGAGGAAAAAGAGAAAAAAUUAGUGAAUUAGUGUUGCAUAACCAGAACCUUUUAGGAGAUGUGAACCAGAAAGAUCAGUUGAUUAGUCAUUAUACUAAUGUUGUGGAGGAAAGCAAGAGAAGUGAAAAGGAAAGAGAAGAUGUCAUAUUUGAACUCAAGAACAAUGCCAAGGUGAAUAUGCAGAGUAUUAUUACUCUGAAAGAGGAAAAUCAGAAUUUGAAAAGUUUGCAUGAAAUUAUAUGUAAAGAGAAACAAGCCUUGGUUGCCACAUUAAGUACUUUGCAGAAUGAGACUGAUGUCAUUAAAGGUAAAUUCUUGAAUUUAGAAACUGAAUUAAAAUUUGAAAGAAAUGAACAUUGUAAAACUUUAGGUUCUCUUGGAUUAGCAAGACAAGAGAUUAGUGAUAAAAUUGUUGAAAAUGAAAAGCUUGUGAAAAGUAUUAGGAAGGUACAGGUUAAUGAUGAAAAAGCUUGUUUGAACUUGAAAGUAAAGAGAGAGUUACAACAAAACAAAGGACUGCUGUCACAAAUUGAGAGCUUGAAAUGUGAGAGAAGUGAAUGGAAAAAGUCAUUUGCUGCUCAAAAGUUUCAGUACCAACAACUGGAGAAAGUGAAAGAAUCGCUCUCUUUUAAACUAAAAGAGGAAGAGAUUAGAUUUAAGUCACUUCUGAAACAGAGAGAUAAAGAUUGGAGAAAAGAAUAUUACAUACUAGUUACUCAGUUUAAUGAAAUAGCAGAUUACAAUACUAAACUUCUUGAUCAAGUGAAUCAUUGGAAUGAAUUUAGGAUUAUGCUUUGUAGGGCAUUAAACAUUAAGUUAUCAUAUGAACUGAGCAGUAGUCCCAGUCCCCAGGAUAUAGAAUGUAUAAAUCAGCUCUGUUACGAGCAGAAACAUCUAGAAAAUAAGAUGAAAACUCUGAAGUCUUCAUUAUGGGAGGAACAGUUGAGGAAUGAGAAGUUAGGAAGGUUACUUCAUGAAGAGCAGUCAAAGGUUCAUGCAGCUGAAAUGAAAAUCCAGGAAUUAGAGAUAGAAGUUAUGACUGUAAGGGAAAGUAUAGAGAGAGAACAGAUGAACAAUGUAGCUCAGAAUGUGAAAUUAAGAGAACUAGAAAAGAACAAAACAUUCCACUCUCCUGAGGAAGUAGAACAGACAAGGGCUUAUGAAUUGGUUAGAAAAUCAGAGUUGCAAAUGCUUUCUCUGCCUCCCUCAACCUCUUCUCAGGAAGUAGAGGCCAAACUUGAAAUUGCUGAGGCAUUUGCCCAAGAAGAACAAAUAAGAUCAAACCAUUUGUUGCAUGUAAUGAUAGAUGUGCAACAAAGGAAUGAAAGUCUGAAGGAAGCUCUUAGGGAAGAACGAUCACAGUAUCUAAGCCUCUUAACAGAGAUAAACUGUGGAGAACAAAAAUGCAAUUAUCAAAUGAAGGAUGCUUGUGUAAAAGUUACUGACAAGGAAUGCCAGACUCAUGAUUUUCUAGAUAAGAUUUAUGAAGAUGAGAUUGCAAAAGUGCAAUACAGUUUUAAUUUGGAGCAAAUGUCCUCCCAUUACUUCUGUAAAAUUUUCAUAGGAGAAUGUAGAGACUUCAAAGAGAACUUAGAAUUGUGGCUUAGGCAUUUAAAUUCUUAUAUAGGAAAACAAAUGGAAAGAAGGGAACAGUUCGAGGAAAUUAUAAGAGGAGUCACAGAAGAAAAUAAUUUUGAAUGAUGUAAUGUAUUACUGGUGUUGGGAAAAAGUAUUUAACCAUUCAGUGUAAACGUAGUAACCCCUGCCUAUGGUUAUGGUACAUUUAAGAGUAGGUAUAGAGUUCUUAUAUUACCACACUUGUAAGUUCAUUCUUUGUUUUAUUUGCUUAAGUGAACACAUGUAGGUCUUAUAAGGGACAAAAGUUAUGAUGUUAUAUUAAAAGGUAAUACAAGUA